AGCUAGUUUUGAUACUUCUGUUAGUAAUUUUAGUUAUUAUUAUUCUUCUUAAGUGUUAAAACUGUUAAAUCUACAGAGUUUCAACAUGCAGAGUGCUUACUUAAUAAAGUUAUUGCAGGAAAACCCAGACCUUGGUCAAAGGUAUACAUUGAAGUUAGCAAUGAUAAACAACGUGGACCCAUUCACAUUUAAGACUUCUGAAAUGGAUUAUAGUGUUGAUGGCAUUCCACCAGUCAGUUUCCCUGAUAUCUUUUCAUAUAUCGUUUUAACACAUAGUUUCUACACCAAUGAACAAAUGAAAGCUUACAAAACCCUUGAUGCCCAUAAGUACUUUUCAGCAGGUUUUGUCAUGAAAGUAGGAACAAGGAUUAUGAAUAAUUUUUAUUUUAUGGUUGGAAAGGUGAAGCAUUCACAAAGAGCCAAUGCUAAACCACUUGAGGCAUGGUGUAUUAUUACGAAAGAUGGGUCAAUUUCAAAAGGCCACUGCACAUGUAUGGCAGGUAACAGUGAAGUGUGUAGUCACAUUGGUGCUUUAUUAUUUGCUGCUGAGUAUGCUUUUAGAAAUAAAAGUACAGUCUCAUGUACCGAUGUGGCUGCUUUAUGGCCCAUGCCAUCACUUGCUACGGUUGUACCGAUUAUCCCAAUUUCGGAAAUGGACUUUGGAGCAAUGGCUGGUCCUAUACCUAGGGAUAUAUCUGUACCCCCAAUGGAAACAGAAGAUAUCACAAAUCUAUUGAAAAGAAUUGAGGACAUAGGUCAGACUGCUAGUGUCAUGAGGAUAGUGGAGCCAUUUGCUAGCAAGUUAAAUAAAGCUGUAGAGGUGACAUUACCAAAUCUUUUCAAUAUUUUCGAUGAGACAUACAUCUCCAAACAAUACACUGAAUUGAUGGAAAUAUCUAAAGCAAUCAGUUUAUCUUUGACUGCUGAAGAAGUUUUGUUGAUUGAGCAACAUACUGUAACAUAUAUGGGUUGUGUUAUAAUAAAGAACAAGAACGUUCUAUUCUAUGUUGAUUUGAUCAGGUCAUGCGUGAUGGGAUGACGCAUGACCAACAUGUAAUGAGAAGUGUUAACGAGAUUUGGUACAGUGUAGAGAGUCCAGAAAUAAAGAUAUAGAAAACGCUCCAGAGUUUAAUUAAUAUUACUCAUAAUAUAUAAUAUAUUAUAAAGUGAACAUCUUACAAUACUCGUG